AUGACUCCCCUCGCAACCCAUCCCCGCCACAUUCUCUUGUUAAAAACCAAAUCCACCCCGCAUGACGGCUACGACGAAUUCUUCUCCGCUGCUCACACCAAACCAACCUUCAUCCCAGUCCUGAGCCAUAAUUUCCACACUCAGAACCUCUCCAGCAUAAAGCACUUAUUCGAGAACGGUAGUCUCGCACCAGGCCGAGACCGACAAUAUGGCGGGUUGAUAUUCACCUCUCAGCGCGCGGUCGAGGCGUUUGGGGAGACGCUGAGUGGUGUUGAGGAAUCAUACUUGAUUUCAUCUUCGCGAAACCUCCCCCUCUACACCGUCGGCCCCGCAACGGCACGCUCCUUAACGACAUUGAGAGACAGAUAUCUCCCGCACGCAACGAUUCACGGCGCGGAGACGGGAAAUGGGGAGAAUCUUGCGCAGUUCAUGCUCGAGCACUAUAACGCUUUGUUCUUCCAACAAGAGGGGCAGCAAGCACAGAAGAAGCCGUUACUCUUCCUCGUUGGCGAGACAAGACGCGAUAUCAUUCCAAAAACGCUAAUGGGUGCUAGUGUGAAUCCAGAGAGGAGGAUUGGUGUUGAGGAGGUUGUUGUGUAUGAGACGGGCGUAGUGGAGGGAUUUGAGGGGGAUUUCGAACGGGUAUUGCAGGAUUGUUAUAAUGAUAUUGAGGAUGGGAUGAUAUGGGUUGUUGUUUUUUCCCCUACAGGGUGUGACGCUAUGGUCAGGGUUUUGAGACAGAAAGAGGCGAGGAUUGCAGGAGAGAAUGGGAAAGGAGCCCGGAAAUUGUUCGUGGCGACAAUCGGGCCAACGACGAGAGACCAUUUGGUGAAAGAAUAUGGGUUUGAGCCGGAUGUGUGUGCGGCGAAGCCUUCGCCUGAAGGGGUGGGGGCAGGGAUAGAAGAGUUUAUGAGGAGCUUGGAAUUGAGAUAAGUUGCUAUUUUAUGGUUUUUACUACAUACCCACG